UAUUAUUUUUUUUUAAUUCAGAUACACUUUCUUCCCAUUUUCAGCAUACUGUAUGAUUUUCAGUGUGGUAAUCCCCGUUGCUCAAAGCUACUUUCUACUCAGUCAGCACACAUAUGCGCAGAGAGCUGCACAGCGAAAAUGCCUUUGGCCAAAGACCUUCUCCACCCGUCACUUGACUACGAGAGACGACAACAUAAAAAGAAAAGACUUGUUCAGUGUCCCAAUUCCUACUUUAUGGACGUGAAAUGCCCAGGCUGCUACAAGAUCACCACUGUGUUCAGUCACGCACAGUCAGUGGUGCUGUGUGUGGGAUGUUCAACAGUGCUGUGCCAGCCCAAAGGAGGAAAGGCCAGACUAACAGAGGGUUGCUCUUUUAGGAGGAAGCAACAUUAAAUUGGAUGUUGCACACUUAAAUUCAGACAUUAAGAAAUCCCAAAUUUUUCUAUUGAAAUUGUAAUCAUUAAUGACAGAUUGUCAUUCUGAUGCUCAGAUUGUGCAAGAAAAUUACUAUCAGAAUUUAAUAUGCAAAUAUCUAAGUAAAUAAAGACAGCACUUAAAGUUAAA